AAAUAUAUUAUUGCCAAUUGACUAUAAAUAUUAAACUGAAUUGGGCAAUCAGUAUCAGUUCCUUUGCUCAUAUCGAAUCGGCAACUAACUUUCAAUCACUGAAAAUGAAAUUCGUCUUCUGCUUUGCUCUCUUGGCUUGCCUCAUUGCCUGUGGCAUGUGCUGUGACGCCGAUAGCAACAACAUGCCCUCUUGCAACACCAAAAACGUGAAUGUACCCGUUCGCAAUUUCUGGGAUCCUACCGGCUACUGGGAGUGCAAAUCUGCCACUGGCACCGCUGAAAUGAUCCACUGUCCCGAUGCCCAAUUGUUCGAUGAAGCCAAGGGUCAAUGCGUUGCCUGGAAUGAAUGGACCUGGACCAAUCCUUGCCCUGCCAACAACUAAAUGAUGAUGUUCUAGACUGAUCAAAAUCAUAUUUAAAAAAUAAAAAAAGACU